GGCUUUUUAAGCCCAUUGUUGUAACUCGUGAAUUGCUGUUGAACACAACUGAAGAAACUGUGUCAACCUAUUUCGUUUAUAUAGAUCGAUCUACGCAGCCUAUAUUUACUAGCAUUUCAACUCAGCAUUGAAUUCCAACUUUAUCGAUCUCUUUGACCUCUCCCUGCUCUAGGCCCCCAGCCGUUACUGCAGCUGCUCACUCAAAGGAGGUUUCGAGGUCCCAUUUGCCAAUAGAUUGGGUGAGCCAUCCUUUAUUUGAUGAAAAUUUGCCGACCAAGCACCACUGAAUGCCAAUCUUUUCCUCCUUAUUUCAAACGAUUUUUUUCCCGAGGGCGGGGGGGGGGGACUGUUACAUCCCUCACACCCUUCAAAGCUACGGCCCUGCUGAUGAAGUCGUUUUUGCAUUUCCUUGUUUUAUGAAAUGCUUUUAUAUUUUAAUUUUCAGUUCAAUGUGUUACGUUCUGCUGAGUUAUGGCCUUAUGAGCAUUGGAUGUAUCUCCACUAGAUCGCCACAAGUUGGAAAAACUGGCUACAUCUUGUACAGUUCACAUCUGGUUGAACCAAAGCCAGUUUUUUUUAAUCGUAGAAUAACGUUAAUUCGUUGAUUCUGUCCCUGUCAAUGCGAGGGCAGGAGUGCUAUUUAUUGCUUCAGAAGUGACAAAUUCAAGAGAAAAUGUUUUUGAACACAAUCGUAAGAAGGCCAAACAAUACAAAACGUUAGAAAAAGGCGAAUCAGAAAAUUUCAAAGCCAAACCAACCAGAAAAGCCAUAUUUGAUUGAACUGGACACACGGACUUGCAAUCGCGUAAUCGCUGCGCAGGAUGCUGCUUCUGCGGAGGAAAAUUAGAACAACUCCAACACAGAAGUAAAUUCUGUUGUUGUGUCAAGAUGGCUGCCUUUCGUGGCGAUAUUUUUGAAAACCAUUCGCUAGUUACGGAAUUGCUGGGAGAUAAUAUUGAACUAAAGGAUCAAGACACAGGGCAAUCUCUGGCAUACUUAGAUUCUUUGUCAGCUUCUGGUGUCAAUCAGCUAAAUCAGGAACCUGGAAGAUUGAAAGAAGAACAUGAUCAGUUGCUUGAAAACACAAGGCUAUUGGCAUUCAGACAUUACAGGACAUUCAUACAAGCUGCAGAAUGUUCUAGAGAGAUUUAUAAAGAUUUUAACAUUAUUGAAGACAAUCUACAGUCAUUGACAGAUAGUCUACCAGAAUUCUCCAAGUGUAUUCAGGACUUCUCUAAAGAAUCCCAAGAAAUAAAUUCAAGGAGAAAACAAAAUUCAAUGGUAUUGUCACGGUUGACUCAAUUACUGGAAAUCCUUGAAAUCCCACAGUUGAUGGACACUUGUGUCAGAAAUGCAUACUACGAAGAAGCAUUGGAGUUAACAAAUUAUGUGAAAAGAUUGGAAAAAAAGUUUUCAUCCAUCAAGAUAAUUGUGGAUAUUGGAAAAGAGGUUCGUAAAGCAACUCGUCUUAUGCUGCAACAGCUUCUCCAACAGUUGAAAGGAAAUAUACAACUGCCUGCUUGCCUAAGAAUCAUUGGCUACCUACGGCAGCUGGAGACGUUUAGUGAAGCGGAGCUCAGAAUCAAAUUCUUGCAGGCAAGAGACAGUUGGUUUCAGAGUGUUUUAAACGCCAUUCCAGAUAAAGAUGAUCACUAAGAUCAUCGAGGCAAGCCGUGUACACUUGUUUGACAUCGUGACGCAGUACCGAGCAAUUUUCUCUGACGAUGACCCAAUAUUCAUUAUGGAGGAAGAACGUGCUGUUAAUUACUCAAAUAUUCUCCAUGCUUGGAUCUCGCGCAAGAUAACAGACUUCAUGUCGACUUUAAAUAAGGAUAUGAAUCGAGGCGUUGCCGGUAGACUGGACUCCCUUCUCAGCCAAUGCAUGUAUUUCGGGUUGUCAUUCAGCAGAGUUGGAGCCGAUUUCAGAUGCCUAUUGAUGCCGAUAUUUAACCGUGUUGUCAUGAAGACAUUUGUGCAAAACUUGGAGACAACGACAAAAGCUUUUGAAGAAAGUUUGAUGACAUUUUCAGCACCAAAAUCGCAUGUGCAGCUGGAUAGUCAACGACAAGCCAGCAAGAUGAAAACAUCAGAGUCAAGUCUUUCUCCUCCUCAGGAGCUCCUAGACUUCUCUCCGUUAGCACAUUACACCAAUGGAAUUCUCACUUGUUUCAAUGAACUUAGGAGCUUUGCCUCGAUUCCGUUGUCUAAACUGGUACGAGGCCGUCUACAAGCGUCAUUAGAACGCGUUUCUGUUGCGAUUGCGUCUUGGACAAGGCUUGAAACUCAGUCUCAGAUCAAGAAAGAUGGAAGCAAUAUACUAGUGUUAACCCGAUUGGCCAUUGAAGAGUUCUUCCCUUACAUCAAUCGCUGUUAUCAAGCUGUAUUUAAGCCAUCUGCAGUCGCACUCGUAUUCGGAAGACCGAGCCUCGCUUUGGAUCAGGGUUCGUCUUCAACUGAAUAUUGCACGCUCAAUAUUGACAAAAUUCUCGAACCUUUGGCAGAAUAUUUACCAGAAAAAGUGGCGAUUGAUCAAGGGGUGGAAAUGGAUUUCAAGAGCAACAAGAGAGAGGAUUUUGUUAAGAAAGUAGAAAGAUCAAACAGGGAAAGAAAUGACUCAAAUUCAUUAGGGACAAUUAUUAAAGGAUCUGUUAAGGAUAAAACUCACCAGGCCCAGGGAGAUCUAGAUCUCAGAGAUGCAGAGACAACGGAUAAUGAAAUAGCGUCUUUGUCCGGAGCAAAAUUAGAUUCUAACUCACCGAAAGAUAGGAUAGAUGUUUCAUAAGCAUAUUGAUCCCGAUAUCAAAUUCUUUGUAGUGGUAAUAUAUAAGUAAUUUUAGAAAAUUUCAACUUGAUUCGUAUUGCGCCAAGAAGUAGGACUAGAAUUAAAUCCUUGGCUCGGUUUUUUCAUCAGUCUGAGCCAUGUAAAAGUUACAGCAGUUCCUAAUCUGGUCAGUCUAGGUUUGGAUUUUGUGUAAGCUUUUCCAGAUCUAUAAAUGUAAUUUUAAAAUAAUGUGCCAUGCAAGUGAAACUGUCCAGUUGGGAUAUUGCGUCUUUGGCAACGAUGUUUUUAGACGAACAGGAAGUUUCAAGUGCCAGAAAAUUUGUGUAGAUUUUCGUUGAAAGACAGGUUGAAAAGAACACACAGUUUUCACUGAGUUUCCUUAAAUUUUAAUGGUAACUAACUGCAAUCUCCCUAAAGCAGGCUUCGCAGAGCAGGGGGCUAGAGGGAUUUAGCUGCUUUGUAGAAAAGCAGGAUAUUAAGAAGUGAAUCAAAAGACCACAAAAGCCCCAUUUUAAUCGUUUUAGCCCCCGUACUUUUUAGACUCCCCCCCAAUUGUCAAGAGGUAUGCUCUCCCAAUUCAUUAAUUGAAUAUUAGAUUCGGUUAACGUCAAUGCCAAUUGUGUAUUUAUGAUAAAAAUCUGAAAGGCUACAACAGAGAACAGUGGAUCUUAGUCUUACUUUUGACAUUUGACCAUUUGAUCAUUUGACCCCAUCAAUUUUCAUCACAAAAUUGUUGAAGAGGCCGUUAAUUCUUAGUAGCACAUAGCUGAUCUUCUGACAUGGGUUGAGUAAAUAUCCGUAAAAUCCAGAACACCGUUAGAAAACACGUUUUUUGUAGAUUCAUAUUUUCAAUAGAUGAGUUUCGGUGUAAUUUACUGUCCUAAAGCAAUCAUUUCACAGAAUUUACGAGGGAUGAGCCACUGAUCUUACGAAUGACCUGUUGUUAUUUCUGUUUCGUUGAGUGCAGAUUAGGAUGUUUUGUUUUUUUUAAAAAUUCUGCCUGCUUGGUGUAUUUUCAUUGAACAUAUUUGACAAAGGUGGCUUGAGCAGCAUGUCCCCUAACUGGCUACGUUACCGCGGGGCUCCCAAAGAGUUUUUUCACUCUGCCAAAAAAGCGUGUCAUUUGGUUUUCCAUCCUUGCUGUAUUUUACAGCAGCCAAACAAUGCUAUAGAUCGUGAAUAGCACAGGCAGAGAGUAACAUGGUUCAGUGCUCGGUUUGAAGAAGAUCGCGAGCAGGGUCGAUAAAAGUGAAAUAAUAUUGCUCAGGUUCCCAUUUUGCUGAGCAAAGAUUUUUGCACAAGCGAUAAAACAAGAAAAUGACAUCAAUACACGAUUCUUUGGGUGUUGAAAGAAUCUUUACCUUGCCCAACAAACGGCUGCACCGGUUUGGGAUUUUGCCUUAGGCUUUUGCAAAACUAGGUUUGUCAACAAUUUGGGAUGUGAGUGCCACAACCGACGCCCCCAAUAGUUACAGUCCUUGGUACUACCAAUAUGUUACGUACAUCUACUAUCAAGGUUUCAUAUAACCUCCACUUUGCUGUAAAUUCAAAGUCAUUUGUGGCAAGUUUGGUUUCCAAGUUAUCCUUUGACGUUAUUCAAUGCAAAAGCGCCAAGACUAUUUAAGGUAGUUUGCACCCAGAUUGUUAUUAGUCGCACAAUCAAAUGCUAGUAGUUGUGAAGAUAUGGUCAUUCCUAAUUAGGUUAGAGGUUUGAUCAAAGUUAGUUCAGAAGACUGACACCUUUUCUAAAUGAGGAAAAACAUUCAUACAUUUAGCAACCAAAAAUAUUGGCUAGUUUCUUUUAUGGUGGUUCUUAAGUAUUUCAUAUUUAAAUGGAGGGAGGGGUGUAGCAACGGACUACAGGAGGAGGUGGGGGAUGAAAGGGGGCAUGAUUUUUCGGUUUCAUUUCGACCUACAGUAGUAAUUUUCAUAAUCACUCUAUGCAUAGACUUCACAUUAAAAAUUGUGCUCGUAGCUAGUAGGGUAAUAAAUUGUGCAAAUCAACAAUCUACCGUCGAAAAGACCAAGCGUCCAAGUGUAGCUGAAGUUUUCAGGUAUCUACACGGACUAAAGAAAAACCAGUCCACAAUCAAUUUUACGUUCUUCGAUCACUCAAUUCACACGAGAGGAAAUGUUAAUCGACUUUUGGUACCUAAGUCGAACAAUAAAGCAGGAAGAAGGUCGUUUGUUGUGCCUUCAACACUUUAUCAGUAGAAUUGAGGAAAGACACUCUAUCUGCAGAUUCAAACAAAUCUUGACUAAUUUUACUUCUUAGUUUUGUCUCCUACUCUCUAUGGACUCUUAGAUUUGGAUUAAACUGUAUAGGCAGGGCAUUCCUCUGAACCAUCGACCGCAUUGCCUAACCUUUGUUUUCUCGGCUGAUUAUGGAACAAUAUCGUAUAACGAAUUAUUCAAGCCCUUACAACAUUUUCAAAAAUUCAUCAAAGUCACGUUACCGAUGACGUCAAAAAAGUUAUGUUUCCUAGACUCAAAACCAUUGUAACUUCUCAAGUAUACGUCUGACUUCAAUACAAAUGCUAGAUUCGGGCUCGCCUGAACGAAAGCUUUCCAAUGAUAUAUACACAUCAGUAUUUUAACGAUGUCAGCAAUUUUCAAUGCUGACGUCAUCACUCUCAAAAUGGCCGUCGAACAGUACAUUUUUAGACAAAAGCUCUGAUCUAAUCAACUGCAUUUCUGGAUCGUUUUGUGGCAAUGUUUUGUUAGGUAAUUAUUCUGCAUCACUCAAUUUAACGUUUAAAUCCUCGAAUUGCCCCCUCCCCCUCGAAAAAGCCCCCACCCUAGCACUACAAAAUGUCAAUAAGCCCUCCUUCGAAUAAGCCCCCACUGCUACCAUAAAUUCUCGAAUGGGACCCCUCAAUUUGAUGAUUUUUGUCAUCUGAUCUGUUGCCUACGGCGUUUUAUUGAAUUACCACAACAAUUCAUACGUUUGGUAGUAAUUAAUUAAAUGCUCAUAAAGAAAUUCCUAUUAAAAUAAAUGACGUCUUUUACUAAUGUCUUCUUAAUGUCUACAAUAAUUUUAUAACCCCCCAGGGGCUUAUUCGAGGAUUUACGUUAUAUAUUUGCCUCAAAUCCAUUUACCGCCAGAAUCCUCCGACGAACUGAAGUCAUAAACUUCCCGUUCACUCUCUAUUUCAUCAGAAAGUUCAGUGCUACUUAGGUCAGAGUCUACCUGGUCUGUUGUUUCCUUGUAUUCGUUACUAGCACCGAUUUCGUCGACACUACGGGCCUAUUUCGGUACCUCAGUACAUCUCUUGUAUUUCUUUGGAGCAGGGAGAUUUUCACUGCCACUUUCGACAUCUGCCCCAACGUUUUCUGAAAGUCGGCUCUUGUUUUUCCGUCUUGACUACAAAGAAGGAGGCAGCAAGAUUUUAGGGAAGACUCUUCAGAAGACCCUUCCAGCCACAACUUUCGAAAGAAAGUCUUGACGGAUGGUUCUACGCAACGCAAUCAGCAGUAGGCUAUCUUCUAGGAAUGUGAAUCAGAAGGGAGUUAAAUGUUACUUUCAUUUUGUUAUAAAUUUUUAGUCUUGUUUCCACAUAGCUUCUCUUGACCUUGUCAGAAUACAUUACCAUUUGAACAAACUUCUGAAAAUCUUCUAUAUCGCUAUCACUAACCACUUUUCCUUCUCCAAGGCUGUCAAGCAGUUCAAGGUAUCGCGGGCUCUUGAUGACUGUCUUCAGCAACCUUACCUUUCCUACGUUGCGGAAAUAGGAUUUAGAAUUACACCUAGAUAAAGCAUGUAAAGCCUGUAGAUUAAGGCAAACAUCUCUUACGAAAUGGGAACCAUUUGCGUUUUACAUGGAGAAAAGCAAAAGCCCAAUGUGUCUUCCUUCAGAAAUCAGUCUUAUGAUAUAAAUUUGCUUCUAAUUUUGAUAUAGGAGCUCGUGGCAUUUAUAUCCUUGCAACUUGUUUGGUAGUACACUUCUAAAUGACCUCUUGGCCCUGGUUCACCAACUUAUACCCAGCUUCAGGAGCAACAAAUUUGAUAAGGUUGCGCGUCCGCGCUCGGUACGUUGGCAUCGGCUUGAUGGAGCGAACUGCUACCACUCCGUCUACUAUCCAAACGGCAGACUUCGGAGGCAUGUCUUUGAUCCAUUGCCACUCUUCGAGCAAGAGUCGUUGCAAAGUUACUUUGUCUGACUGACACAAAGUUAAACCAGCUGUAGCGAUAGCAAUUGAAAGAGGAACGCUUGUCAUGGGAUGAGUGAAUGCCUCUUGCAGACUUCCUGUCUUCAAAAUGAGUAGUUAAAGGCCUGUUUUUGUGUUCCUUGGCCACGGUAGGUGUCCCCUUGAUCUUUUCCAGAUCUGCCUUCAGCUUUGGUUUUUUUGAUCGGCUUGAAGAAUUAAACGCUGCCAUUUAUCAGGCGAUCAUUUGUGAAGCGAUGCAUAUUCCCUUCUCCUAUGAUCGACGCUGCAAGGAGGUUAGUAGAACUUUAUUGUUCUAGUUCUUCACCAGUUAAAGUCGAUUUCGCAGGUGUAACAGAAAACCGAUUGGUGCCAUAGCUUCGAAGAGUUCUCUAAGGCUACCAUUAUGCUUCUGAAGGAGCUUUGUCCUACCUGGAAUGCUGUACUUGUGAAUUGAUGAUGACUUUACGAAAAAGUAUUUUUUUAGAGCCUCUCUAAACUUGCUAUGAAUGUGGGACGUAGCAAUCCAAGUGUUAACCGCAUUAACGUUUGCUGAAGCCAGACCAGUAUGGACCUGCAGUCCCUUUAGCUUUUUGAAUCGCAAUAAAUUUCCUCUAAAUUCUUAUUUGUUCCAAUCUUGGAAUGCUGUAGUUUGUUCACCCUCACCCUGUAAUGAUUGAAGUGAAAUGGAGAAGCAGAUGUGUUGGUAUGUCCAGUAGCGGGCAUAGUUGAUGUGAUUCAAUGCAAAUGUAAGCAGAAUCAUAUUUCGCACUGCUUGCAAAAGUAGCUUAGUGUUGCUUUUCUGCAAAGCUGCUACCAUGCUCAACAAAGCAGACAAAUCCUCCAGCUUAGUGAUUUCAAGCGACUUUUCAGUUUUUUGACGAUUUUCAAGAAUCAACAGUUUUUGCAUCAACCUGCCAUUGCUUAUGGGCAUUGACUGUAUGUGUUUUUUUGGAAAAGACGUUGGCGAACCCAUGAGUUGAUGAAAGCAACCCAUCAGCACCUUGAUCUGACUAUACAAGUCAGCAUUCGUUCACAUAAUUUGGUUCAUCUUUGCCUUCCCCAUUUCAUCCGCAUGAACAAAAACAUGAAAUAUGUCAAGAUCAUAUCUAAGAAAGAAUCAAGGUAUAUUCCUUGCAUACUGGAUAGACAGGCACCUUAUGAGUGAUUGGCAAGGUAUCUAGCCCUGUCAGGGGUAUUAAAUAAAGGCUUUAAAGUAAUAAAUCAUAUAAUAACUGUUUCCUCCUGUCUCCUGGCAAUGCCAAUAAUAUAAGCCCGUGGCCUUUGUGCAAAGCUCGGUUUCGUACCGACGGCUUCAGGUCCGGUCUUCGGAAACAAUUAUUUUAGAUUUAAUUAAUAAAAUUAAAAGAAUAAUAAUGAAAAACUGUGGAUGGCGAAGGAGCAGCUUUUUCUCGGUUAUAAGAAAGUGUCAAGCAAAAUCAUGCAUGAUGUCAAAUUGCGAUAAUGCCAAAUUGUGCCUAGCAAAAUCAGAGUCAGCUCGCUGGUCGACGGCUAUUUUGAAAGUGAUGACGUCAUCAUUGAAAAUUGCUGACAUCGUUAAAAUACUGAUGUGUAUAUAUCAUUAGAAAGCUUUCGUUCAGGCGAGCCCGAAUCUAGCAUUUAUAUUAAAGUCAGACGUAUACUUAAGAAGUUACAAUGAUUUUCAGUCUAGGAAACAGAGCUUUUUGACGUCAUCGGUAACGUGACUUUGAUGAAUUUUUGAAAAUGUUGUAAGGGCUUAAAUUAUUCGUUAUACCAUAUUGUUCCAUAAUCAGCCGAGAAAACAAAGGUUAGGCAAUGCGGUCGAUGGUUGAGAGGAAUGCCCUGCCUAGU